UACAGUCUAAAUCAAGAAACAGAGAUCAACCAUGGCUAGUGGAUUACGUUUUAAAGAUAAAGUAGCUAUUAUAACUGGUGGAUGUAGUGGUAUUGGUAAAGGAUGCGUCGAAGUUUUUGUCGAAAAUGGCGGAACAGUGGUCGUGUUUGAUAUAAACGAUAAAGUUGGCAAUACACUUAGUAUACCAGGACCUGGAAAUGUUUCAUAUAUACACUGUGAUGUUACUAACGAAGAAGAAAUAAAGAAAAGUAUUGACUGGACUGUUGAGAAGCACAGUAAAAUUGAUUGCCUUAUUAACGACGUUGGAAUACAUCAUGGCAAUCAUCUGAUUGACGAGUUAACUGUUGAUAGUUUCCGGCAAAUCCUCAAUGUUAACGUCGUGAGCAUGUUUGCAAUGUGUAAGUAUGCAUUACCUCAUCUUCGGAAGACUAAAGGCAGUAUUGUAAACAUGUCGAGUUUUAGUGGGACAAAUGCCCAGGCAGAAACACCAACUUAUUGUUCCUCAAAGGGUGUUAUUAUCCCGUUGUCAAAAGCGUUGGCUAUUGACGAGGCCAAGAAUGGUGUUAGAGUCAAUACUUGUGCUAAUGAUAACGAUGGUGUUGUUGAUGUUGAAAAUGGUGGUGGUAGUGAUAGUAGGGGUUGUGAUGGUACAAGUGGUGAUGAUGAUUGUAAUGUUAAUGCUGAUUAUGAUGUUGCUGUUGAUACUGCUGGCGGUUGUGUUGAUGCAACAGAAGCCACUUUCACAACUGGUGCAAAACUUAUGUGCACCGGUGGAUGCGAAAUCGGAAUAGGUGUAAAAUAG